GUAGAGUGUCAUUUGUGUUAGAGGGACCGAUUCAGUUGCAACACACAUAUACAUCAGUGCCAUAGACAGUAAAAGAAGUGUUAAAGACAGCAGCCAGCAGGGUAUCAUUGGUUCUGCAUUUAUCGUCGAAAAUAUACUCUGAAUGGUAUGACAGAUUCAAGCAAACGUGAAUCGAGUGGCUUUACAUUUAGGAAACAGGUUGAUCAGGUGGAGUCGUCCGGUCGUCAUCUGCCCAUCGUUCUGAAUGCUGUGCUGGUGUUCUCCAUCACUGCUGAGGUUAGUUAUUUGGUGCUGGUCGAGGCUCCCCUUGAGCCAGAACAGAAGAAGACUGAGUGGUCCAGUAUGUGGAAGGCCAUGCAUCUCUUCGCUCAGUACUUCAUGUUGGGAAAUAUAACCUGGAAUGCCUCUCUGUUUGUCAAAACUAACCCCAGUAUUCGCGGAGUGUUUCUUGGAGGCGAUGCAUUGGGUCAAGGGUGGAGGUACUGUUACAACUGUGAGACACACACUCCUCCUCGGUGCUCACACUGCUACGAUUGCAAUGUGUGUGUACUGCGGCGUGAUCACCACUGUGUGUUUUUUGGCCAGUGUGUGGGUUUCUACAAUUACCGGUAUUUCCUGACCUGUCUGCUCUUCAUGUGGGCAGGGCUGCUCUAUGCAGUAUUCAUGAAUGCUGAGGUUUUCAUUGUCAUCCUGAAGGAGGGUGUAACAUUUCACAGUGUCUUGCUCUUGCUUAUGCCCUGGAUAAUGCUCGUCUCUGGACAAGUGACGGCACGAGCGUUUGCUUUUGCAUUCAUUGCCGACACUUGUGUAGUGGGCUUCCUAUUGGUUGCUGCCUUCCUCUUUUUUCAUGUGAUUCUGAUGCUGAGGGGACAGACAACACGUGAAUGGUACUCCACACGGAAGCCUUACAACCUGGGAGCAGUGGCUAACAUCAGGGAAUGCUUGGGCAAGUACUGGUACAUCUGCUGGCUCUGUCCUUUGAUACCUUCCCCGCUGCCUGGAGACGGCAUAAACUUCAAGGUGACUGGUUCGCUUGAGCCCAUGAAGUAGGAUGUGCACUGAUAGAUACUUUCUCCUUGCAAUUUUAAUACAUUUGCCCAGCUGAUGCAGAAUGACGUUGUUGAUCCUGAAGCAACGGUUGCUCACACCAAACAAUUAGCAGCUCUUACCAGCUUUUUUUUUUUUAAUCUGAAGAACCAGCAGGAUUUCGGAUUUCACUUUACAGUUUGUUUUUGUUCAUUACAGCACUCUUAUGGUUAAUUGGUGUUAAUUUGGUGUAUGUAAAGUACAUAAUUUGAAAUAUUUUAUGCAUUUUUUUUCUCCCUUGUUCUGUUGUGCAGUCUUUGCAUUCGUAAAGCUAAACAAAAUUUGGAAGGGGAUGUAUUUUUUCUGAUUGAAUUGGUCAUACAGUCAUUGAUGUGCCAAAUAUCUGUUCAAACAAAUGUGAAUGUGCUAUAUGCCAAGCUGUCUUUUUCGUUUGUCCUGAGUUAUAAAACACAUCUUUUUUUUUUAAUGAUUGAACUGAAUAUUUUUUAUCUCAAGUCUUAUGUUUAUAUUUGUUAUUUUGAAUCUGUACCAAUUGUAAUAAUCUUUAUUUACAAUAAAUGCCAUUUGGUUUAAUUAA